AUGUCCCAACAGCCACUCGUCCCCACCAUCCUCGUCACGGCCGGCAGCGCAGGCCUCGGCGCCGCGACGGCCGUCCACUUCGCCCGGGCCGGCUACAACGUCGUCAUAAACUACGCCAACAACGCCGACCGCGCCGCCGCCCUCGUCCGCGACCUCCGCUCCGCGUCCCCCCUGCCCUUCGACCAGCAGCGCUUCAGCGCCGUCGUGGCCGACCUCGCGAGCCGCGACGACGUGAACCGCCUCGUGCGCGAGUCCGUCGCCUUCCUCGGCCGCCUCGACGUCGUCUUCUCCAACGGCGGAUGGACCCGCCUCCGCGACAUCCGCGACCUCGACGACAACCUCGACGAGGACGACUGGGACCGCUGCUUCAACAUGAACGUCAAGUCGCACCUCUUCCUCAUGCACGCCGCCCGGCCCCACCUCGACGAGGCCGACGGCGCGUUCGUGACCACCGCCUCGCUGGCCGGCGUCAAGGUCAGCGGGAGCUCCAUGGCCUACGCCGUGACGAAAGCGGCACAGAUUCACCUCGUCAAAGCCCUGGCGAUGGCGGCGGGCCCCAGGAUACGGGUCAACAGCGUGUCCCCGGGGCUUCUCUUGACGGACUGGGGACUGCAGUUCCCGGAGGAGAAGCGGGAGGCGAUGCGGGAGAGGACCGCGCUGCAGCGGUUCGCCACCGUCGAGGACGUCGCGGACCAGGUCCUCUGCUUCGCCAGGAGCAGGAGCGUGACCGGCACCAACGUGGUCAUCGACGGGGGCCUGCAUAUCUGA